AUGGUCGAACUCCGAAAACGCAAGGCCCCUGCGCCGCCCCCCGUGCCUGACAAGAGAAGCAAGCCUGCCAAGCCGACCCCAAAACCCAAGCCGGCUGAGACAGACCAGACCCCCGCGUCUCCAGCCCCUAAUGUGGAUGACACGAUCGAUCUGGAGACUUUUGGCGGCGAGGUCGAGACCAACGACGGCACCAAGACCACUCUGAAGCAACUGGUGGCGGAUAGCGAAUCGGGUGUGGUCCUGUUCACCUACCCGAAGGCCUCAACUCCGGGCUGCACCAAGCAAGCGUGCAUGUUCCGCGACAACUACAAGCACCUGACCUCGACAGGGCUGGCCAUCUAUGGGCUGUCGACCGACUCGCCCAAGGCCAACACCACCUUCCAAACCAAGCAAACUCUGCCCUAUCCGCUGCUCUGCGACACCCGCGCCACCCUAAUUGCAGCCAUUGGGUUUAAGAAAGCCCCUAAGGGCACGACUCGUGGAGUCUUUGCCAUGAAUAAGAAGGGCAAGGUGCUGCUGCGUGAAGCGGGCGGUCCGGAUGCAACCGUGGAUGCAGUGCAGAAGCUGGUGGCCAGCGGCAAGUGUAAUCCAUCGAAUCGGAGAUACCAUUGUUCCGCUCCGGACGCACUCCCGUUCCAACACCUCCACGGACUCUCGAAGACUCCCAGACCUCAAACACUGGGACAGACUCUCGCCAUUUCAGGAGAGUUCAAUGUGCUGACUUCCUCGGUCCCAGUCAGAGUCUUUCCAUUCAUCAUGGCUCGCGAUGUCCUGAAAGCCGCCAAGUCGGCAUCGCACGUCGUGUCCGUUGCUCAGAAAUACACCGUCCCGUCCACCGGCGUCUGGGAGCGGAUUCGUCGGGCGCUCGCCAUCGACCCCAACCGCUCAUCCGGUGUCCCAUUGAACUCGCAGUACCGUCUGCCCACCCCAGGAUCUCUGCCCCCUCUGGCCUAUGAUGACCCCGUCACCCUUCUGGCCGCUGACAUUGCCGACAACCCUUACUGGAAGCGCGACACCCGGAGGAACUACCCCCGUCUGAGCACAGUGAAGCAGGCCGAUGCUGUGGGUCUUCUCACGGUCGGAAGCCAGGCAGCCCCCAAGGAUAAUGUCUUGAAAAUCGGAGAGGCCGGGGAGAAGCAAUUGGUCGCCGUCAAGGAAGAGGGUGAGGAGCGCGGUCUGGCCGCCCUGUUUGAGAAAGAUAAGAACAGCAUCCAGGGUGUUUUGGGAGCCAGUGGCCUGCCCCCAACUCCCUGCAACCUGAAUUCUUCCUCACAACCCAAGUCCAAGUACGAGAUCAAUUCGGAUCAGGGCUACCCCGAAGUGUACCCCUGCCGCACGUUUGUUUGA